UGACAGCUCAACGAACAAGAGAAAAAAGUGUGAUUUUCAUUAGCAGAAUUUUUUUACCCGAAAUAUUUCUUUUCUUUAAAUUUACUGUGUGUAGAAAAAAAAGUGCGCAAUAAUUGUACUGUGUUGUCAUUGCAAAGUUCAAAUAAAUUAAUUUUAGUGUUAAAUUGUAAACACAACCGAAAGCCAACUACGCAAUUAGAAGAUUACUUCGGCAGACAGAUUUAAGUGACGAAAAAUACAUCAUGCAGUUAUUAAAAGAAUAUUUCAUACAAUCUUACUGUGUCUUUACAUAACGCCAUUCAACAUUUUGUGUGUGCGACUGUGCGUGCUAAUAAAAUAGUAUAUUUUUAAUUGGAGCAAAUAGUAAAUAGCUCGUUGCUUUUGGGUUCCUUUUUUCAUGCUUUGUGAUAUGAAUGAAAAAAGGUUAUGUGCGAAAUGUUCGUAUGCCAAUGAAAAAUAAAUUUUAAUAUAUAACGAACCAUCACAUUUUUACGAACAAUUUUCGAAUAAUUUGUUCACAUCUCAAUUAAACAAUAUAAAUCGAUUGAGACAAAAAUAGAGAAAAUAAAAAGUAAAGAAAAUGCCAGGGAAAGUUCGAGUCAAGAUCUUGGCUGGUCGAAAUUUACCAGUGAUGGACAGAAGCAGCGAUACGACCGAUGCAUAUGUUGAAAUUAAAUUUGGUUCGGUCACUUGUAAAACAGAUGUUUAUCGCAAAUCGUUACAUCCACAAUGGAAUUCUGAUUGGUUUCGCUUUGAGGUUGAUGAUGCUGACCUACAAGAUGAACCGCUACAAAUUCGAAUUAUGGACCAUGAUACGUAUUCAGCGAACGAUGCCAUUGGGAAAGUAAAUAUCAGUUUGAAUCCGUUGUUGUUGCCCAGUUUAGAUGCGUCGGCACAACCGAAGUCGGGAAAAGGUUCCGUCAUGUCUGGUUGGCUGCCAGUCUACGAUACUAUGCACGGAAUUCGUGGCGAAAUCAAUAUUAUUGUGAAAGUCGAUUUAUUUUUAGACGUAAACAAGUUUCGACAAAGCUCGUGCGGUGUACAGUUUUUCCACUCGCCAAUCAUACCAACUGGAUACCAUGCACAAAUUAUACAUGGAUUUGUUGAAGAGCUUGUGGUGAAUGACGAUCCCGAGUACCAAUGGAUCGAUAAAAUACGAACACCACGUGCAUCGAAUGAAGCACGACAAGUGGUUUUUCUGAAGUUGUCGUCACAGGUUCAGCGAAAGAUUGGCUUGAAAGCGAUUGACCUUGGGGCGAAUGCAGUAAUUGGAUAUACACAAUGUUUCGAUUUGGAAGGUGAUGUGGGUGUUGUGGCGAGAGGUGUCGGCACCGCUGUUACCUUGAUUAAAAUUCAAGAGCAAAUUCAGCAACCGAUAAUUGAAAAAUCGGCAUUUGUCGAAGAACAAACCAUAAAGUAUUUAGAAUUUUUGGCAUUGAGCGAUACAAAACGUAACGACAGUAUAUUCGAUUUUGAUCCAACAUUUGAUACGCAUUCAUCCGGUGGUGAUAUUGUCUAUAAAAUCUUAGGCAUUGAACCGGACGAAACGAUGUCGCGUGCGCCAAGUAUUAUUAUCAGUAAGAAAAUACCCCAAAAUCCGGAUGCAAAUGUUAUUGAAGAGGAAACGGACGCAUUGGGUCCGCCCAAUGAAUUGGAAAUUUUAAAAAAUCUAUUCAAACAAGAAGAUUUACGCGAUGAUGCUGUGCACACACCAAACAUUCGACAAAAAAUGAAACGAAUAUCAUCGUCAUCGAAAAAUUUACUCAACAAAAAAGUGAACGCGAUAAAAUUGUUGCAUUCGGCCAGCGUUGAGGGAAAAGAUGAUGGUUUUUUGCAUGAAUCACAAUCAGAUAUAUCGCUUUAUAGACCGGCAAUGAAUUUUCGCGAUUCAGCCGCUGAAUUGGGAUCGAAUAUUAUAAAAAAAGUAAAAGGAUCACAUGCAAAGUAUUCACGUGACGGAGGUGUUGGAAUGGCAACAUUAUUGGUGCGAUCAAUGAUGGCCGCACCAAGUCUCGACUCAAUCGCCGAGAAUGCCGAUCAGUCAGCAGAACGAAGUGCACUUACACCAAUUUCAAAGUCCGAUGCGGUCAAUUCAAGUUCAUUGAUUAGUUUACCGACAAAAAAGCAUCAUCACUCGCAUCAGCACGUUGAAAAUAAGUUGAAUAUCAGCGUUGGCGAUAGCAUCAUCGAUCUGAAGGCUUCAGAUGGUAAUUUAUCGUCGGGCGUUUCGAUGUCAUCGGUUUCUGUCAAUUCGGAGACCAGCUCUGAAGAUGAUGAAGGCUCUGAAUUGGAUUUGGGCGAUGAUGUCGUUAUGAUUGAUGCAGACACAAUCAGCAUGGUUGUAAAUUCUGUGUUGGCUCAAGAGGAAGCUCAAUCAGAUGAAAUUCAAUGGAUUCAACCGUCCAACGAUAAUCAAGAAGAUUCAGACGGUGAACGGCCAUCGGCUAAAAAAGGAGAAGAGAAAAGACCGCCAUUAACUCGUCAAUCGUCCUUCGAAAGAUCGAUCAGAACGGGUGCCACACGCAUUAUGAAUCCGAAAAAUAAAAAACGGAUGGAAACAUGUUUGGUGGAACAAUACAGUUCACAAGAUCAACUUAACACGAUUUUAACGGCAACUGAAACAAAUGAUGUGGACGAACAAAAUUGGAUACAACCGGGAACGACAGCUGAUGAUGAUGACACAAGUGAAAUGGGACAAAAUUCAAUUUUACAAGAAUUCAAAGAGACAAUUUCGGAAACUUUAUCUCAUUUACAUUUGCCACAUCACACAAAACCAGAUGGUGGCAUAAGUAAUAAGCAUGGCCUACUUGAAACGGCUAUGGAAACAAUGCUUAUGGAACAGGCAACGAUUAUGGGAGCACAACCAUCAUCCGAUCACGUUGAAGCGGUAAAAUUCGAAGAGAAACGAAAUUCCAGCAUUGACUCAUUCAAAAAAUUAUUGGUCUCACCGUUUCGGCGACGAUCAAAUGACUCAAAUGCUGAAGUGAAAUUACCAAAAAAAGAACCGAAAAAAGAUAAAUUUAGUCUGUUUGAUUCGGCCAUGAAAACAAUGCUCAACGAAACUGCACACAUUAUUGAAGAUGUGGGUGUUAGCAUUCAUCCGAAAAGUUUUGAUCGCGAUGACAGCAAUGUUAAAGCCGAAGAGAAGCAUACAAAUAAAACAGAAAAUAUUGUAAAAAUGGAACCAAUCGAAUGUUCGGAUGUCAAAACAGUCGAAGAAUCACCACCGAAAAACGACGAGAAAAUCGCUGAAAAUACAAAAAAGACACAGUCAUAUACAACUUUUUGCGAUAAUCUUACUAUGUCUCAUGUAUUAACAAAUGCUGAAGCGCCAUGUAGUAGUAGCACAAUUGACACCGGUAAUAAUAGUAAUCAGGCGAUGAAUGAAAUGCCCGUGUUUGUACUAACCAAAUGUAAAAAAAAGAAAUCACAUGAAAUCGAUGCAAAUGCCACUCAUAUCGAUUCGAAUAAAACACUUUUGUCCGAUUGUAGUGUUUAUGGUGUGUCGCCCGUUGAUAAUAAUACUACAAAACUCUCACCACAAACCAUGCGAAAGUCUAAUUUAGUUCCUAAUCAAGAGCAUAAUAAUAAUAAAUUACUAAUUCAUAGCCAUUCUGGUGAUUUGCUGAUUAAUCAAACUAACAUAACUAAAUUGCUUGCACCUGAUCCACAUAUAAAACCUAGAUCACAAGAUGAAAAGAGUAUACCGGUGAGCGGUGCAUCGGGCGGUGCCAAUAAACAACAUACAAGAGCCGAAUCUUAUGGAACGAAAACACAAUCAAGCCCAACGAAAGUGCCAACAUCGUCAUCGUCAUAUAAUACAGCAUCAGCGACAUGCACAACGGCCACCGCCUCAAAUUUGUCAUCGUCCAAGGGAAAAGACGGUAAAGACACAAAGGAAACAAUGUGCCGACGAUCAUCUGAUUCUGACUUAAGUGUCACACCAAAAGCUUCAUCUCGAAAACGAUGUUCAUUGAACGUGGAACCCAGAACAACGGCUGGAAUACUACGAUUGGCUGGAAUGCCAAAUCUCAAAACACCAUUGAAUCUUGAAAAUUUGGAUAUGCUUGAGUAUCCAUUUUUAACACUGUGUAAAUAUCCGUGUGGCUUCAUCUUGCAGCUUGGGUCAACGGUUUGUGCACGCAGUGUCAAAUUAUUAGAACGUGUACCGAACCCAGAUGAGCCUGGAGAGAGAGAUUUUUGGUGGACCGAAUUAAGAAUGGAAAUUCGCUCACAUGCCCGUGCUCUCGGCUGUAAUGUGGUAUUGGGCUACACGGAAAUCACGAGCAUUUCUGAUGAUGUGUGUGUUUUAUCUGCUAUUGGGACCGCCGCCGUAAUAAAUACCCAAUUUACAAUGAGCGAAACGAGUAAGCCAGCAUCGGCAUCGGCUGCAAUCCUAUCCGUCACACCAAAAGAUCCCGAUCAUGAUAUCGCCAAGGAACUUAAGCACAUGAACGUUGGCUCGCAAAAAGGUUCCGAUAGCGAUACCGAAACUGUGGUAGUCGCACAAGCUCCAACGGGAUGCACUCUUUGUCAUAUACCGUCUAGCAAAUUAAAUCUACCUGGAAAAAUAAAAAAGUGUGCUGUUUGCAAAAAAGCAAAGGUACCCGAAGUGUUGUUGACAACCAUUGAAAUACCAGAUAAUUUACAAAUUGUUGGACGCGGCUGUUUAAUACACGCACAAGCAUGUCGCUAUAAAAAAGAUCUGAAAUCCGAAUCGAAUGCCAAAGAAAUAUCUGACGCAUUGCCCUUUCUGGAGUACGACUUGCAACGACUUUUGGUCAACAAACUCAAAGCAAAGGGAAUGAACGCAAUUUUUGGCAUGAAGAUUACAAUUUCAAUUGGUGAAAAGAUGAUGGCACUGAUUGGUACAGGAACUGGAGUAUACUUACCCGCAUUGCCGCCACCAAAUAUACCGAAAAUAGUGCAAGGUAAUUCAUGGACCAAUGUUGAUAAAAUCAACGAAUUGAAUCGAUCGCUUGAAGAGGCCGUUAAUCGAAAUCGCGAAAUUUACCAACUUAAAGUGUAUGGAGAUUUGGACAGCGUUGGUAAUCCAUUAAAGUCAGAUGUCUCCGACGAAUCAGAAGAUGAUAUGAAAGAUGUUGAUGUUCCAGCGCGUAAUAAAGACAUUUGCAUAUUGGAAAUCGAUGAUGUUGAAGAUCUUGAGAUAAUUUCAUUGAUUUUGGAACCAAGCGCACCGGAAGGUUUCCAUGUAGUUAAUACACAAUCAUUGCCGGGACUGAUCGAUCUGGAAAUUGCACGAAACUUGCAAAUGUUUACGCAAGUUUGGCGCGCCAAGUUUCCAACAAGUCAAAAAGUUGGGACAUUUCCAAAACAUUUUUUACGCCUGUUACAAACAAUUUACUUUAAGCUGCGUUCGAUGAUUCCGUGCGCGAUAUGCGAUCUAAAGUUUCGCCUUGAUUUACCAGAAGGAGACGAAUUUCAAAUCUUGGUAAAUGGCAUUGCGCUUGGUUUGAGCGAGCCGAAAAAAUUGCACUUUCGCCGUAAAAUGCAAACAUCUGCCAAACCGAUGACCGAUGACGAAUUGAUAUUUAAUUUGGAAGAAGAGCACGUAACUGAUCUCUCGAAUAAUCAAUCAUUUUCAACGCAAGCGGUUAGUAGUAGUAGUCACGUUAGAAAUCAGUAUCUUAAAGAAACGGGAUCCUUAAAACUUAAGAGUAAAUCACCAUCAAGGCCACUAUUUCGUUCAUUACGUCUAGAUAAACAAGCAUCAUUGCGUGAACGAUAUGGCGUCGAUAUCACUCCAUUGACUUAUAUUCCGGGUGGUCGCAUUGACAAGUAUUUGGGCAAUUUGAAUUUCUUCUUCAUUCGAGAGAGUACAUCGAUUCGUGAAAAUGGCGGCAUCAGUGGAUUUGUUCAUAAUUUUAUCACAGAGCUUUUGGCCGUGGUUCGCGCACAUGUAACCGCACUCGGUGGAAAUGCAAUGGUCUCUUUUUAUAUGUCAGAAUUGACAUUGGUUGAUAAUCCACAUAAAAAUCAGGGUCAAACUCUGAUUAGUGUCGGCGGCGACGUAGUAUUUGUAUCGUAUUUCGCUGGAACUGAUUACGCACAUUAAAAAAAAUUAAAACUAACUAUUAUAUUCAUAUGUGUUACUAAUUGUUUUGUUACGACAGAUAAAAAAAGAUUAAAAAAUGAAAUCUUUAAAAUAUUCAUGUGUUAUAUAAAAUAUCAAUAAAAUGAUAGAAAUCACAUUUUAA